AGUCCUCUACUGUCUUUUCGUCGGGAUAGAGGUGAUAUGAUUCACACUUUUUAACCCUUGUAAUAUACAGAUUUAGACAGUUUCGCGUUCAAAUAAUACCAAACAAAUAUUGUUAAUAAAAGUGCGUGUAAUUUGAAAAAUAAAAUAAAAUAAAAUAAAAUACAUUUAGGCAAGUGUAGUGUUAAAAACAGUGACGAUGUGCGGCUGAACUAUAUACAGUGACGAUCAGAAGUAUGUUAAAAAGGUUUAUAAACCGUUAUUUAUGAUUUAUACGAAGCGGUGCAAGAAUCUGAGCGAUUCUACCGCGUCAAAUCAAAACCAAUGCGUUUCGAAACAGGAAUAGACACUGUCCUUGACUCUAGUAAGUCAAAAAGUAUUAUGGCCUACCACCCUUUCUUACAACUACCCAGACAGACAGACUUCAGUGUAUCGUCUCUAUUGACUGCUGCUAAUAACACGAACACCUCGUCGAAUUCCCCUACGACUCCCGGAUUCUUUCCGACGGCAGCUUUAGCCGCUUUCGGAGCGCAACAAACUGGCCACGGUUGUUAUCCUGGGACUUUGAUACCGAAGAUUAAUCAUCCUCACGCUCAUCACGCUCUUAGCGGACAUCCGUAUACCACGGCGGAAGAUGUAGUUUUGGCGGCGGUUGCUGCACAUAAUCACCAUCCGGCUAUGGUCAGGCCGUUGAGGGCGAUACAACCUGAAGAAGAUGGGGUCGUCGAUGAUCCCAAAGUGACUUUAGAAGGUAAAGACUUGUGGGAAAAGUUUCAUAAAUUGGGUACUGAGAUGGUGAUAACGAAAAGUGGAAGGCAAAUGUUUCCGCAAAUGAAGUUUCGAGUUUCAGGUUUAGACCUGAAGGCGAAAUAUAUCUUAUUAUUAGACAUCGUUGCUGCAGACGACUAUCGAUACAAGUUUCACAACAGCCGAUGGAUGGUAGCCGGAAAAGCCGAUCCCGAAAUGCCUAAAAGGAUGUACAUCCACCCGGAUAGUCCCUCGACCGGCGAACAAUGGAUGCAGAAAGUUGUAUCUUUCCACAAACUCAAACUAACCAAUAAUAUAUCGGAUAAACACGGUUUCUUGAAAGACAAAGCUGUAGAACUUCUGACGAUAUUAAAUUCAAUGCACAAGUACCAACCGAGAUUCCACUUAGUUAGAGCUAACGAUAUUCUAAAACUUCCUUAUUCAACGUUUCGAACGUACGUCUUCAAGGAAACCGAAUUCAUUGCAGUAACGGCCUACCAAAAUGAGAAGAUAACGCAAUUGAAAAUUGACAAUAACCCCUUCGCCAAAGGAUUCAGAGACACGGGUGCAGGAAAGCGGGAAAAAAAACAGGCAAUGCUAGCGCAAAGGCAUACAGACGAUAAAACUUCGCAUCCUCUACCAGCCCGAAUGUCAGCUGAUAGUAGUACUGUAUCCAAAACGGAUGAUUCCGAAUUAGACGUCGUAGGUACGGCCGAUAGUCCAAGACCAUCUUUGCAUUCUUCGACACCCAUAACCUCAUCAUUGAAUCAAUCAGGUGUAGAAGAAGAUUCGAUCAGAAGACGUCUUCACGACGAUUCCGGAUCAGAAAGUAGUUGUUCGGAAUCGCCGGGUAGUACGGCGUUUCGUCCUCGUCCUUCGACAUCUCCUAAAGAUUCAGCAGGACCUUCGAAUCCAUCGGGAGAAUAUCCGUCUCCGAAUAUAAGUGUAGGACCUCCGAUUCAUCCACCGCCACAUUUACUUCCUUAUUUAUAUCCUCCUGGUAUCUACCCAGGUGCUGGAGGACAUUCACCAUUUGGUCCGCCGUUGAGCCUCUUCACCGGUUCCCAUAGUCCCGGUAUGAAUCCUAGUUUGUUGUUCAACGCUCAACUAGCCCUCGCGGCUCAACAUCCCGCUCUAUUUUCUCAUUAUCAGAAUCUCACACAUCCCAAUCCACACGGCCACCACCUGUCUCCUACUUCUCCUAUACAUAAUCACUUGAAGGGAGGACAUAGGUUCGCGCCUUAUACACUACCUAAUUCAACGACGGGAGUUAGUUCUUCGCCUCUUGGUAGUGCUUUCGAGACGGUUACUCCCAGUUCGCACACCAGGAGUCUCAGUAAUUCCCCAUCGGGGAAAAUUAGGGCGAGUUCUGUGUCUCCCCCGCUAAGGCCGAAUACGACAUCUCCGAAACCUGAAACAGCGAGCUCGCCUAGUGAUUUAAAGAAUAUUGAAAAAAUGGUGAACGGUUUGGACGUGAAACAAAAUGAAAAUAUUGAUAAGUAAUUUUAUUAGUAAGCCAUAUAAUUAUUUUUUUUUUUUUUCGAAAUCUUAAAUUAUACAUUUUACUAUCAAAAUGUUCCUAGGUCUUUUUAUAUUUUUCUUAAAUUAUUUCCAAUAUGAUUAAAUACCACCAAAGACUUUUAAUACUUUAAUUGUUGGUUCAGAACGAGGAAGGUGUUUUGUCCACAUGCCUUUUACGGAAUUUUUUUUGUACGUUUUUCAUGAAGCUUAUCGAAUCUUCUUUGGCUUUGAUUGGAUCUGUUUUUGGUAAUUGCACCUGUUAGUAUAAAUUGAGUUUAUCAUUCCAAAUUAUUUUUAUAAACAUGAGAAAAACCAAUUAUCUUUUGGUAGUGUUUUUUGAAAACUUUGUGGCUACUUUCAACGGAUGGUUCUUCUGAUUUCCAUUCAGAUUUCUACCAUCCAGUGUUAGAUAUAGACAUAUUUUAGAUUUUUAAAGGCUUCUGCAUUUUUUUUUGUUCUCUUUAUAGUCUAUUUCUUUCUUAAAUGUAUCGUUUUCUCUGGAUUUUACAUUUCCACGUAAACCACACCAUUUUUUGAGGAAUAGAUCUCAUGUAGAGAGUUUGACAUUCUCUAUCUUUUUGAUUUAAUAUUUUCAUAAAACUUUGUAGCUUGUACUUUCAACUGGUGAUACUUCAGAUUCUCAUUUGGUGCCUUCUUUUGCAUGUUACUUUCAAUAUUGUUGCUUCCUUAAAACAUAUUUCGUCUCAUUCUAACAACUAACAUUUUUCUUCGUUUGCGAUCCAAAGAAAAUCUUUUUGUUAUUGGGACUUCGUGAUUCUUGUAUAAAUAACUUUUCAUGUUUUGUUUUUGUGUUUUUGUGCCCUCGAAUUAGUAUGAAAUCCAACUAUAUUCAACCACCGAUUGUUUUUUUACAAUAUUUUCAUCUUGUGGUCUUCCAAAUUAGUCGGUCUCUGUAGUUUGUUUACAUCACGCCUGUCGAUAUCCGUGACAUUUUAGUAGAUUUACGAUACUUCACAUGAUCUAGAAGAACCGGAACAUUGAAACAUCGACGAAAAAUGGUUUUAAUCCUUAUAAUUCGAAAAACGUGGACAUCAUUCAGAACUGUACAGAGUUGUACUCGAUAUAACAAGCGAAGAUAAUUCAGUAAAAUUAAAUAUAACGAGGAAUUUGUUGUUUCGAAGUUUUAUUUGUAAUAAGUGUUUCUGGUUGCCUUUUAUCUACUGUUUUUAUAUCUGAAACUAUUCUUUAAAAACUUUUCAGUGUUCUUAUCGAACAUACCUCAACGAUUUUGAAAAAUUCCUUUUACGUCUCAUUGUCACACAUUACUUUGAAACUUUUUAGAGUAUAUUCGAUUUUCUGGAUAUUUCUCUAUUAAGAAGUCAGUUGAAAGUAAUUAAAAUCAUUUUUUAAACAUCUUUUGAUAGAUAUUGGAGUUUUUUAUCAAUUAUUUGGCCUCGCUCUGUGCUAAGUUCUAGCAGAACGUUAACAGAAUUUUCUAAACGACUUGUUAAUGAUUGAUCUUGAAGCCACAGCUCCCACAUACAUUUAUUUAAGGAUAAUUUGACUUUCAAUACACCACCUACUUCCACAACUCACAAAACUACUGAUUGUGAACGGGAAAUCCUACUAAAAGAUGAUUGUAAUAAAAAUAUUCCGAAUUAUGUACGAUACUCAUAUUGUAAGCGGUUUUGUUCAUUCCUAGGGAUUAAUCUUUCAUAUGAUGUUAUUUAUAUAUACUUUUGAAUGAUUCACUGAUUCUGAAAGAACUAAGUUGUAUUUAUUUGAUACUAAAGAUUCCGGAACUACUGCUUGCACUAAAUUCGUGAAAUUUGCAUGUUUGUGUUGAACCGCGUUGGAAAUUUCUUUUAUUUGAAACUAUAAGAAGUUGGAAAAUGUGGAAAUAUAUACAGAGCAAAUAGAAAAUAUUGACCUAGGAACUAUCUUGUACGGCACUUAGUGAACCUGUGAUAAAACCUUGUGGAACUCGACUUUAAAUUGCCGUAGAAGUUUAUCGGGGUGUUUUUGCAAUAAAAUGUGAAGCUCAUAAAAAUAUUUCCUAAUAAGAAAAUUAGUAAUUGAAUGUUGAUUUUUUUUUAAACGUAUGAUGUAUCUAAAAUUCUGUUUACUAACCUUCUGGUUCAUCUGAGCAAUUAUUUAUUUAAAUAUAGAUAUAAAUACUAAAAGAAAGCAAAAUUGUCGAAUUUGAAUUACAUUGUACAUUGAAACGAAUAGCAAAGCAGUGCUUUUUUUACAAGCUUACCAAGUACAAACCUAUAUUUGUAUAAUACAUUUUUGAUAGCAAUAUUUAGUUUCAUUUCUUAUUGGUGCUGAUAUUUUUAGUUGACAAGGCACUGAAAUUUAUGUUGAGCGACAAUUUUCGAUCAGAUUUAACAUAUAUAUAAUACGAUUGUCAAGUAUAAGGAUAUAAAAAGUCCUAAUACUUAAAAAAGAUACACAAAGGACUGAUGUUCUUUACCUAUUAGAUGUUGAUAUCUCAUCUAGAAACUAUAUUUUUGUUUAUAAAAACGACUAAUAGUCUCACUUGUGUCAAGUUUGGGAAGAUUUUGUGGAUACGUUGAUUCAGAAGCAGAUCUUUUUGUUUUACUUCGCCACUUUGAGUUCUUCUAAUGUUUCAUUUCGUUUUCUACGUUUUUUUACUGUUUUCUGUAUCCUCUUUUAAUUUCUUUUUAUGUUUAUUUUCACAAAAUUUCAUUGUAUUAUGCGUUUUUACGUGUUUUAUUAUGGAUAAUUUGAUAUUCCGAAUCGUUUGUCCAAACGUUCUCAUCGCUGAACAAAAUUAUGUUUCUAAAUACUUAGAUAAGGAUUUUUUGAUUUUGAAGAUAUUUUUAAGUAUUUAUAACUCAUUUAUUCACUAUCCUUCAAUUUUCUUCCUUCCAGUUUAAAAAUUACAGUUCAAGCAGUGGGUUUGACAUUCCCAGUCGUUUUUAGUAACUCUAGAGAAAAUCUGCAUCUGCAUUCUCGUUUGGUAAGACUCUUUGAAAGUUCUAGAACUAUUUUUAACUAUUUCUUCAUUUUCCUCUAGGUUUCCUUCAUCCAGUGUUUCAUAAAGUUAUCUUCUAACGUCUUUCAUGUUUCUGUGAGUUUUCUAUUUUCAAUAUUGACUCACCAUCUGUUUCUUUGUUUAAUUUUUUUUUGGUAUUUGGGCUUUCUACGUAUGCCACAAGCUUUUUUCAGUGGAAAAAUAGCUGAAGCAGUAAAUUUGACAUUUCCAGUUGUUUUUACACACACUAGAUGUAAUAAUGUAAACAAGUCCUCGUUUGGUAAGUUUUUUUGGAAAUUCUAGAAUUAUUUUUAACUAAAAAUAGCUUUUUUCUCCAUUCUUCUUCAGUUUUCUUUCAUCCAAUGAUUCAGAAAGUUCUAUUCUACCGUAUUACAUGUUUCUAUAAUUUUUCUGAUCCGAAUAUCGACGUUUCUUCUGAAUCUAUUCAAAUUUUCUCCAAAAUUUUAUUAUAUUUGGGCUUUCUAUGUGUGUUACACACUUUUUUCGAUAGAAAAACAGUUCUGGUAGUGAAUAUGACAUUGCCAGUCGUUUUUAGUAACUCUAGAGAAAAUCUGCAUCUACAUUCUCGUUUGGUGAGACUCUUUGAAAGUUCUAGAGCUAUUUUCAACUAUUUCUUCAUUUUCCUCUAGGUUUCCUUUAUCCAGUGUUCCAUAAAGUUAUCUUCUAACCUCUUAUGUGUUUCUGUGAGUUUUCUAUUUCCAAUAUUGAGUCAUCAUCUGUUUCUUCGUUUAAUCUUUUUUUGGUAUUUGGGCUUUCUACGUAUGCCACAAGCUUUUUUCAGUGGAAAAAUAGCUGAAGCAGUAAAUUUGACAUUUCCAGUUGUUUUUACACACACUAGAUGUAAUAAUGUAAACAAGUCCUCGUUUGGUAAGUUUUUUUGGAAAUUCUAGAAUUAUUUUUAACUAAAAAUAGCUUUUUUCUCCAUUCUUCUUCAGUUUUCUUUCAUCCAAUGAUUCAGAAAGUUCUAUUCUACCGUAUUACAUGUUUCUAUAAUUUUUCUGAUCCGAAUAUCGACGUUUCUUCUGAAUCUAUUCAAAUUUUCUCCAAAAUUUUAUUAUAUUUGGGCUUUCUAUGUGUGUUACACACUUUUUUCGAUAGAAAAACAGUUCUGGUAGUGAAUAUGACAUUGCCAGUCGUUUUUAGUAACUCUAGAGAAAAUCUGCAUCUACAUUCUCGUUUGGUGAGACUCUUUGAAAGUUCUAGAGCUAUUUUCAACUAUUUCUUCAUUUUCCUCUAGGUUUCUUUAUCCAGUGUUCCAUAAAGUUAUCUUCUAACCUCUUAUGUGUUUCUGUGAGUUUUCUAUUUUCAAUAUUGAGUCAUCAUCUGUUUCUUCGUUUAAUCUUUUUUUGGUAUUUGGGCUUUCUACGUAUGCCACAAGCUUUUUUCAGUGGAAAAAUAGCUGAAGCAGUAAAUUUGACAUUUCCAGUUGUUUUUACACACACUAGAUGUAAUAAUGUAAACAAGUCCUCGUUUGGUAAGUUUUUUUGGAAAUUCUAGAAUUAUUUUUAACUAAAAAUAGCUUUUUUCUCCAUUCUUCUUCAGUUUUCUUUCAUCCAAUGAUUCAGAAAGUUCUAUUCUACCGUAUUACAUGUUUCUAUAAUUUUUCUGAUCCGAAUAUCGACGUUUCUUCUGAAUCUAUUCAAAUUUUCUCCAAAAUUUUAUUAUAUUUGGGCUUUCUAUGUGUGUUACACACUUUUUUCGAUAGAAAAACAGUUCUGGUAGUGAAUAUGACAUUGCCAGUCGUUUUUAGUAACUCUAGAGAAAAUCUGCAUCUACAUUCUCGUUUGGUGAGACUCUUUGAAAGUUCUAGAGCUAUUUUCAACUAUUUCUUCAUUUUCCUCUAGGUUUCCUUUAUCCAGUGUUCCAUAAAGUUAUCUUCUAACCUCUUAUGUACUUCUGUGAGUUUUCUAUUUUCAAUAUUGAGUCAUCAUCUGUUUCUUCGUUUAAUCUUUUUUUGGUAUUUGGACUUUCUACGUGUGCCACAAGCUUUUUCAGUGGAAAAAUAGCUCAAUAAGUAACAUUGACAUUUCCAGUUGUUUCUACACACAUUAGAUGGAAUAAUGUAAACAAUUCCUCGUUUGGUAAGGUUUUUUGGAAAUUCUAGAGCUAUUUUUAACUAAAAAUAGCUUUUUUCUCCAUUCUUCCUCAGUUUUCUUUCAUCCAAUGCUUCAGAAAGUUCUAUUCUACCGUAUUACAUGUUUCUAAAAUUUUUCUGAUCCGAAUAUCGACGUUUCUUCUGAAUCUAUUCAAUUUUUCUCCAAAAUUUUGUUAUAUUUGGGCUUUCUACGUGUGUUACACACUUAUUUCGAUAGAAAAACAGUUCUGGCAGUGAGUUUGACAUCCCCAGUCGUUUUUAGUAACUCUAGAGAAAAUCUGCAUCUGCAUUCUCGUUUGGUAAGACUCUUUGAAAGUUCUAGAGCCUUUUUUACUAUUUCUUCAUUUUCCUCUAGGUUUCCUUCAUCCAGUGUUUCAUAAAGUUAUCGUCUAACGUCUUACAUGUUUCUGUGAGUUUUCUAUUUUCAAUAUUAACUCACCAUCUGUUUCUUUGUUUAAUUUUUUUUGGUAUUUGGGCUUUCUACGUGUGCCACAAGCUUUUUCAGUGGAAAAAUAGCUCAAUAAGUAACAUUGACAUUUCCAGUUGUUUUUACACACACUAGAUGUAAUAAUGUAAACAAUUCCUCGUUUGGUAAGUUUUUUUGGAAAUUGUAGAGCUAUUUUUAACUAAUAAUGGCUCUUUUCUUCAUUCUCCUGCAGCUUUCUUCCAUCCAGUAUCUUAAAAAGUUCUUUUCUAACGUCUCAUAUGUUUCUAUAAUUUUCCUGUUCUCAAUAUCGAUCGGUUUUUCUGUAAUUUGGUUUUCCACGAGUGCGACACAUUGGAAAUUGUGAGCUUGAUAUUUUCCAUUAUUUCCACAAACCCAUGCUACAGAUUUUUAACUUUCAAAUGUGUUGAAACUUUUUUUAAUCAAUUUCCUAAUUCUCGUUCAAAUUUUGUUCAUAUAGUAUCUGGUUAUCUUUUUUUUUGCUUUUUUAGUACAAAAUUUCUCUGUAGUUUGGUGUUUCAUGUGUACCAUACACUUCUUUAUAGUAAAAAUACUUUAUGCACUUAGUUUGACAUCUACAAACAUUUUGAUCAUCUUCGAACAAAAUACUGGGAACUAAAUACUUCAUUGGUAAAACUUACUGAACACUGUAUAAGCUAGAGACAAUUCACAUCCUUAAAUCACUUUUUUCAUAAUUGAAAAUUCUCAACCAUAACUUUUAGUGCCGAUAAUAGUGAUUUUGUAGACUGUAUUCAUAGAAAAAUGUACGAAAAUAUAUAAUUUGUUCCUUUUUUGAAUGUAAAAUUGAAAAAAAAUUGUACAUACCAUGUGUAAAUAGUUGUUUUUUUGUGUAAAUUGUAUAUGAUUCAAUAAAUCGAUAAAUAAUUCAAAAUAUCAUCCGGAAAUUAGUAGUGUUAGUACCAGAAAUUGAUUUAGACCCUUUAGUGCGAUACAAUAAGUCAAAAUACUAAUUUUUAACAAUUUUUUUCUACCUAUAAUACGAAAAACUUCAUGAUCCACGAUUAUGUUCCUAUUUUUAUCAUUUCUCGUAUUUUUUUUACUAAUUUAAGGCUCUAUGUAAGUCUGUAACAUUCAUUUUUACAUAGUUGUCAUAAUAUUUAUUUAAUAUAUUCAAGUUCUGCCUCUAUAUCAUUUACUGCAUUUUUGUACACAUUUUAUUACACUAAAAAUUGUUUUUGGUACUAAAUUGUAUAUAUAUGUUAAAAAAACUUUCUUCCGUAAUCAAAUUUUAGCUCAAUACGAAAAGAAUAUUUGGUAUAUUUCAAAAAAAAACGAAUUUCUUAUAAACGCUUUUUAUUUGUUCAAAUUUGAUCAGUACCGAUACAAUGAAUAUAAUUUAUUUAUUAAUAAAAAUCAGUAGCUGGUACUUUUCAAAUAAUAUAUUCAAAGUAGAGAAAAAAAUGUGAAGUGUCUUGUGUACAUGUUUAAGAAUUAAAACGAUAUUCAUAACAAA